GAGGCUAUAGCCUGCUGGCGCGCUAGCUGUUUUGUUGGUUGUUGCAAUCGGCAAACGUUCAAUCGUUACGCGGUUUUCAAGCAAUACAGUCGUGUGAGCGGCCUACACAAGUCGCAGGUGUACUAUAUACUACCUAUGUACAUAUAAAAUAAAAGCAUUUUUGUAUGCUAAUAAAAAAUUAGCAAAGUGUUUUCAAAAUAUAUUCAGACUAUUUUUAAAAUCAAAAAAUUCACAGUUAUACGAAAUAAGCAUACAAGCUAUUGAACUCGUUGAAGCUGCAGUAAAAAAAUUAGCAAAGCAAGAAAUAUAAAUAUUUUUAUUAGUAUAUUUUUUAAAUGCGUGCCUUGCCUUAUGCCUUUGCAUGCAAAUAAAUAUAAAGCUAAAAUAAAUAUAUAAAGAACGCAAAAGGCCAAAAUAAAUACGAAUUUUUCGUUUAUUUGAGACGUGCAAGAAGACAAUAAAAAACUGGUCCGUCUGUUGUGCGCGCACCUACAUAAAUUAAAUACAUACAAACGUCUACUGAAAAUCCAGUUUGUAUGUCCGUGUACAACAUAAACACACAGCACAUACAUAUGAGUGUUGAAAGACGGUAGAAUUCACGCAAAUUGCACGUGAACAAACGGCGAGCAACCAAGUAAAAAAAAAAAACAACGCUAAAAGUGUCACAAAACGUUUCAUAAAACUGUAAAAUAAAAAAAUUGAAAGAAAAAACAUUAUUCCAAAGUGAAAGGCUGGCUGCUGCAACAUUAACUGCCACUGCAACGCAAAGUAGGCGAAUACAGUCAUCAAAAUGUGGUGCAUUGUCAACCUGCCGAACGGCACACAAUUAGCGGUCAAAUGGGAUACGAAGGCAAUCGGCCAGGAGUGCCUCGAAAAGGUCUGCAAGGCACUCGACAUAGUCUGUGAAAUGGAAUAUUUCGGCCUCGAAUACUGGACACCGGGACAGGAGGAGUCGCGCACACGCCAAUGGAUCAAUCUGCGCAAUCGCCUGUCAUGCGACAACAGCAGCAGCAGCAUACACUUAAUGCUUGCGCUGCGCGUCAAAUUCUGGGUACCCGUCCAUUGUCUGCUCCAAGAGAGCGUACGCAAUAUUUUCUACAUGCAAGCACGUUCCGAUUUAUUGGAGCAGCGUCUGCAUGCACGUGACUGGAAUAAUGCGGCCAAAUUGGCAGCGCUGCUGUGUCAAGCUGAUGGUUUACGCUUCAAUCCGCUGGCGCUGAAGGCCAAAUGUCCCACGCAAAUGCGUCGUCGCAGCGCUGGUGAUGUUGCUCACCAACAACAAUGCCAACACAAAGAGCGCAAAGACAAAGAACAUGUGUUGUCGUUUAAGAAGCGUCGCCUCUCCAAACAAAAGUCCACCGAAAACAUACAUAAUUCACAUCUGGCCGCCGCUGUCUCCGAUGAGGCUCUAACGACAUUGAGUGCGAGCAUGAAAUGUGCGAACGCAUUGUCACAAAUGGCAACACAGGCGUGCGAUAGUGACUCGGGCGUAGACAAAGUCGCUGCGGCAGCAUCAUCACCGCUUUAUGUUUAUCAAAAUUAUAUUGUAUAUCCCGCGUCUGUCGAUGGUGUUGACGCCGAUAUGCCGGAAGAUUACUACAAUCGUAUUGCUGUGGAGCAUGGCAAGUUGGCGACACUUAAAAUGACCACGAAGUCGGCAAAGUAUUGGCUGUUGAAGCAAAUUCAAGAUCUCGAAGGUUACGGCGAGGAGCUGUUCAGCGGCGUGACGGCGCACGAGAAUUCAGUGCGAUGCGAUGUGUCAGUGGGUACAAAUGCGAUCACGACCUGCGUGGGAGACGAAAAGAAUGUCAUCCCGUUCAGCGCAAUCGCCUCUGCGAAAUCAUUCCGACGCACUUUCAAAUUGGAAUACGUCGGCGAUUGCAAUGAUCGUCGUGAACUCGAAAUCAAAUUGCCAAAACACUCAAUGGCCGCUGGAGUCUACCGUUCCAUAACGGAGCGACACGCCUUCUAUGUCUGUGAUAAAGUACGCGGUGUGGUAACCAAUCAAUUUACGCGCGAUCUCAAAGGUACAAUCGCUUCGAUGUUCAAAGAAGACACCGAGCUGGGCAAACGCUAUGUCUUCGACAUACAACGCACCUGUCGCGAAGUGCACGAUCAAGCGCGUCGUAUACUGCACGAAAAAGGCAUUGAAGCGUUGAAUAGCACAACAAAUGGCAAUGAAGAUCUCUUCGAAAAUAUGCUUAGCGGCGCCACCAAAACACUGAGCGCGAGUACACUGCAUCCGGCUGAUGAUGCGGCCACACAGCUGCAUAUUGAUGACAUCAGCGCUGUCACCGACAAAUUGGACAUGGCGUUGCGCGAGAAGGAGAAACGCGAUGCGGCAAUUGCACGUUGCGUAGAGACGCGUAUCUCCGAAGCGAUGACCUGUAAAAUUUGCAUGGAUCGCGAAAUCAAUACAAUGUUCAAUCCCUGCUCACAUGUGACCACCUGUGCGGAAUGUGCGGCGAGAUGUAUACACUGCCCCAGUUGUCGUGUAAAAGUGACGAGCACUACGCGCAUAUACCUGCCGCCCGAACUGCGCGUGAGCGUCGCCACGCCAAUCGCCACCACCAGCUGUGUCGCUGCACAUUAGUGGAAAUAUUUCCGUUACAUUUCUCUUGAUCGAAUCGCGUUCGUAAAAUGGACUUUGUUUGCAGUAUAAAAAUAGAAGGAAAAAAACUCGAAACUGUGCUAAACGCGUCAAUGACGGGUUUUUAAGCUUAGACUGUAUGCUCUAUAUAUAAAUUUAUUGAGUGUCGUCAUGCAAAACCAUAAAUAUUUAUAAGUGAACCUAAAGUAAUUAUUUAACUGUUUUUAUUUUUAUUUUGUUUUUGUAAUACCUACAUAUAUGCAAUUGUUACUAAUUUCACUAUUAAGUUAAAAAUAGUUUUAUACACUGUACUGUAAGUAAUUAAGACUUCGAAUUAUUUUAAGUUAGUUUGUUGCCAAUGCAUUCAUAUUUUAUUAAAAAAAAGUAUUCUUAAACAAAUUUAUGUUAACUAAAUGUGUGCUUAAAAGCCGUACAUUAAAAAAAAGUAUUGAAACCCUUAAACGACAGGAUUGUUAUAAAAAAAUAUAAAUAAACAAUGUU